ACUACUCUCUUUCUCUGUUUUUACUUCACGCGCUCCUCAUACUACACUUUUACUUUCCCUACUCGUCACGCACCCUGCAUGCGCGUGGCACUUCUUUUCAACACAACUGCGAAUUGCCCGAUCAAAUAGACUUUAGGUUCACAGUUGUAAUCCUUGCUUGUACUCUCGGGUUUCUUCGUCUCCCUUCGAUCGAAACGGUGAUCCAAGUUUUCGGAAAUAAAGAAAAAUAUAGAGAGAAAAUAUGAAAAUUUUCGUGAAGACUCUAAAGGGUACUCACUUUGAAAUCGAAGUGAAACCUGAAGAUACGGUUGCUGAUGUCAAGAAGAGCAUAGAAACUGUUCAGGGAUCGAAUGUUUAUCCUGCUUCACAGCUGAUGCUUAUCCACCAGGGAAAAGUUCUUAAAGAUGGCACCACAUUGGAAGAGAAUAAAGUUGCUGAAAAUAACUUUGUUGUGGUGAUGAUGGCAAAGACUAAGAGCUCAUCUGGAGAAGGCUCAGCAUCGAGUACAGCUACCACUAAGACAAUUGCACCUGCUAGCUCAACUUCUGCAUCAACAGCUCCAGCUCCAGUUCCUGCCUCAGCUCCAGCUCCAGUUCCCGCCUCAGCUCCAGUUCCGGUUGCUGCCCCAGCUCCCACUCCGGCACCAACUGCUGGGUCAGGAGAUGUGUAUGGUCAGGCAGCUUCCAACUUGGUUGCUGGGAACAACCUUGAGGGAGCAAUCCAGCAGAUUCUUGACAUGGGUGGGGGAACCUGGGAUAGGGAAACUGUUGUUCGAGCCCUUCGUGCUGCUUAUAACAAUCCAGAGAGAGCUGUUGAAUACCUGUAUUCUGGCAUCCCUGAGUCGGCUGAAGUUCCUCCGGCCGAAGGAAACCCCCCUCCUGUUCUGCAGCCUCCUAACCAGGCAGCUCAGCCUCAGCAAGCUGCACAACCGGCACCUGUUCCGUCUAGUGCACCGAAUGCAAAUCCUUUAGAUUUAUUCCCCCAGGGUCUUCCCAACAUUCCUUCCUCCAACGCUGGUGGAGCCAACACCUUAGAAUUUUUACGCAAUAGUCAGCAAUUCCAGGCCUUACGAGCAAUGGUUCAGGCCAAUCCACAAAUCUUGCAGCCCAUGCUUCAGGAGCUGGGGAAGCAAAAUCCUCAUUUGAUGAGGCUCAUACAGGAGCACCAAGCUGAUUUUCUUCGUCUUAUCAAUGAGCCAGUUGAAGGAGGAGAAGGCAACAUAUUGGGGCAGCUUGCUGCGUCAAUGCCUCAAGCUGUACAAGUAACUCCCGAGGAGCGUGAAGCAAUAGAACGUCUUGAAGCAAUGGGAUUUGAUCGAGCACUGGUGUUAGAGGUAUUCUUUGCAUGCAACAAAAACGAGGAGCUAGCAGCUAACUACCUCUUAGAUCACAUGCACGAGUUUGAGGAUUGAUGUGGGAAAAUAGAAAUGUUGAGUCGGACCAAUUUCGUCUGUGGGCACAGCAUGCAUGCAUAAUAGCCGCCAUUCACAUCGUGUCAAGUGCUAGAUAAGAGGGACAUUUGAAGAAAAAGAAUGUAACUAUGUUGUCUUUGUUUAGAGUUUUAAUCUCUCAGCCCCACCCCCUGUGUUUAAUUUGACGACUUGCAGUCUAGCGCAUUGAUAUGGUUGGAACUAUAUAAGCGUUUUUAGUUUGUAGGGAUAUUUCUACUCGAAACUCGACUUUAAUGUUGGACUCCGGAGUUUGCACAGAUUGCUUUUAUAUGCACUUUCAACAUUUUUAUCGUUUUA